AUGGCGGCGGCGGCGGCUAAUCGGUGUACCACGCUUGCCGCUUUGGCAACAGUGAUCAUGAUUAUACCCGCCGUUGCCAUGGCCGCCCAACACAUCGUCGGCGACACUCAAGGGUGGAACGUCAGUGUCGACUUCAAGAAAUGGGCUGGGGACAGAGAGUUCUACGUCGGAGACAUCCUAGUAAUCACCGUAACCUGUCCCGUGUUCAACUACAACAAAUCGCACGACAGCGUGAUCCAAGUAAGGAGCGGGCCGGACUUCCAGGCCUGCGUUCCGCUGGGCGACAUUCUGGACAGCGGGAACGACAAGGUGGGCCUGGACACCGCCGGCAAAUGGUGGUUCAUUAGCGGAGUCGCCGCCCACUGUGCCGAUUCCCAGCAGAAGCUCGUCGUCGACGUGGAAGGUGCUGCAGCGCCGGGUUCCGGUUCGACCACUCCUGUCUCCGACCCCAACACCAACGCUGCUGCAUAUAGUGUAGCAGCCGGCGGUUUUGUUGCUGCUGCUGCAGCAGCUUCGGUUGCCUUGGCCAUUGUUAUGGCUUUUUAA